CCACUUAUCGGGGGCCUUGCACCACAGAAUUUAUCCAAAUUCUCAAAUCCAUUUCUUCUUUUCUUCUUCUUCUUCCACAAAUUCCGAAGAAACCUGCGAAUUCUCUCGCUGGUUCUUCGAAGUUCGAGCUAUGGCGAGUUCGCAUUCCCUCUUUUCUUCUUCCUCAUCAUCCUUCCUCUUCAGACCCUCUUCUCUCAGACGCUUUGUCUCCGCCCCGUCUCGCCUCCUCGAGUCGCCGGGACUCCGCCGGGGCCCGCGUGGAUUUCCCGCCAUCUCCGCCGUGGUCACCGAGCCUGCUCUUUCCGACGUCGGGUCUAAGAACGGCGGCGUGUCGCCGAAGAAGACGGAACCGGAGAUUGUCCCGCUUCCCACUAACGAGUCGUCGGAGAAACUGCUCAGAAUCCGUCACACGUGCGCACAUGUGAUGGCCAUGGCAGUUCAAAAGCUCUUCCCAGAUGCUAAAGUGACGAUUGGGCCAUGGAUUGAUAACGGCUUCUAUUACGAUUUCGAUAUGGAGCCUUUGACUGACAAAGACCUGAAAAGGGUCAAGAAAGAGAUGGACAGGAUCAUUAGUCGGAAUCUACCACUUGUACGGGAAGAAGUCUCUAGGGAAGAAGCAGAGAAAAGGAUCAUGGUAAUCAACGAGCCUUACAAGAUGGAGAUUCUUGAAAGUAUCAAGGAAGAACCCAUCACCAUUUAUCACAUUGGUAAUGAAUGGUGGGAUCUUUGUGCCGGGCCUCACGUCGAGACGACCGGAAAGAUCAACAAGAAGGCUGUAGAACUCGAAUCUGUUGCAGGUGCAUACUGGAGAGGAGAUGAAAAGAGGCAAAUGCUUCAGAGGAUAUAUGGAACAGCAUGGGAGAAUGAAGAACAGCUAAAAGCUUAUCUUCAUUUUAAAGAGGAAGCAAAACGCCGUGAUCACAGACGCAUUGGUCAAGACCUUGAUCUCUUCUCCAUACAGGAUGAAGCUGGUGGAGGAUUAGUGUUUUGGCAUCCAAAGGGCGCCAUAGUUAGGAACAUCAUCGAAGAAUCUUGGAAAAAGAUGCAUAUAAAACGUGGGUAUGAUCUGAUUUACACACCGCAUGUAGCUAAAGCCGAUCUGUGGAAGGUCAGUGGUCACUUGGAUUUCUACAGAGAGAACAUGUAUGAUCAAAUGGAGAUAGAAGAGGAGCUUUACCAACUCCGACCCAUGAAUUGUCCUUAUCACAUCUUGCUCUACCGAAGAAAGCUUCAAUCUUAUCGGGAUUUACCCGUCAGGGUGGCUGAGCUCGGAACAGUUUACAGAUACGAGUUGUCGGGAAGCUUGCAUGGUCUCUUCCGAGUGAGAGGGUUCACCCAGAUUACUUACAGUUUGCUCCGUCAGGAUGAUGCACACAUAUUUUGUCUAGAGGAUCAGAUUCAAGAUGAGAUCAGAAGUGUUUUAGAUCUUACCGAAGAGAUAUUAUCGCAAUUCGGCUUCGACAAAUAUGAGGUGAACCUAUCAACUAGACCAGAAAAAUCCGUUGGAAGCGACGAUAUAUGGGAGAAGGCAACCUGUGCGCUUAUGAACGCUUUAGACGACAAGGGAUGGAGCUACCAAAUCGAUGAAGGAGGCGGUGCUUUUUACGGCCCAAAGAUCGACCUUAAAAUCGAGGAUGCCCUCGGAAGGAAAUGGCAAUGCUCGACCAUACAGGUCGACUUCAACCUUCCUCAGCGUUUCGACGUUACUUAUGUUGAUUCAAACACGGAAAAGAAGCGUCCGAUAAUGAUCCACCGAGCAGUUCUGGGUUCGUUAGAGAGAUUUUUUGGGGUUCUGAUAGAACAUUACGCCGGGGAUUUUCCCAUCUGGCUCUCUCCCAUUCAAGUUCGGGUUUUGCCCGUCACUGAUAACCAGUUGGAGUUCUGCAAGGAAAUAACCAGAAAGUUAAAAGCUUGCGGCGUUAGAGCAGAGGUCCGCCAUGGAGAAAGGCUCCCAAAGCUCAUCAGAAACGCAGAGACGCAGAAGAUACCGUUAAUGGCGGUUGUGGGUCCCAAAGAAGUCGAAACGGAAAGUGUCACCGUUAGAUCGAGAUUCGGAGGAGAGCUCGGAACCAUUUCAGUUGAUGAGUUCAUCUCCAGAAUCAAUGUCGCCAUUGAAACCAGGAGUGCCCUGUAAACUGUAAGACCGCAGAAUCUGUCUGAAAAGAAACUGCACAAAAAUUAAAUCAUACUGUUAAAAAUGAUUUAUAUUUAGUAUCUAUUUAUAAGGGUAAAUAAUAGUUAUUUAAAUUUAAAUA